AAUCGUUAUUGUACCCCUUGAAGUCUUGAAUACUCUUGAUUUACUCAAGAAGGGAACGAGUCCUCUCGCCCAGCGCGCGCGGUCAGCUUCACGAAUUUUAGAGGCUCAAGUUGGCACAAAUCCUCGUAUCCGUGUCCAGCGGGAUGAUGCCUUCGUUCCGUGGGACUGCAUCGAGUUCAAAGACAUGUCAGCUGAUGAUACUAAGGACAAAGCUACGUUACAGUCACUGCACCUCUCUGGUUCUCCAGAGUGGGUUCGGCGCAUGAUGAUCACGUCGCUGAAACUUGUGCUUCAACGAGCGACAAACUCAUAGUCGUUCUUGCUAUCCUUUCCCCUUCUGCUACUCCAGCUCAGGUCUGUCGAACUAAUGCAAUGCCCGAAGUAUCAUCUCCGGUACCCCUUCCAGCUCCGAGUCCACACACUCACAAGUACGAGCCUCGUUUAGCUGGCCUGUUGAUUAGAUACUGGGCUACCCGAGCUGGUAUCACUCUCUUAGAAGUGGAAUCUUCCGCAGCACCACUUGUUCCACCUUCAUCGAACCACCCUCGUAAUCUUGAUGAUGACGAUAGAGGAAAACGACAGGCCGGUCGAGGCAGAUGUCAUUCUCAUACCGCUCAGGGGGGUCUUCCUGUCGCUCGAGGCACCGGGCUAGUGGAGCGCCCUGCUGCCGUUAUGCAAAUGAUGGAAAUGAUCUUUCAGCCUAGCAAGGUCGUCCGCGUUCUUGCUUUGGGCGAGAAACUAGAACCAGACCCAUAAUCCUGAUUAUGCGGCAUCCUUGAGUAGUUCAGUUUAACUCGUGGAUGUUGACUACUGACCAAUACAGUCGAGAUAUGACUGUUCUUCGGUUCCAAGGCUGUUCCAGCUCCGUCUCGAUCAACGACGUCAUGGAAAGUAUUGGAAGCCUCACAGAUCACGCAUAUUCGCUCUGCCUCUCAUUCCUCAGAGCAUGGAUUCUGCAGGAAAUGUUUCCAGGCAUCUUUGUGUGGUCUCUUUGCUUCGAGUGUGCGGUCCUUAUGAAGGUCUAACCACAGCAGUUACGGAACUAGUGUUCAUGAUAACUUUCUCUUGGUUCUCUAUCAUCCUACAAACACUUUGUUUCACUGUCUGCGGACUGUCCGAUGUGCCCCUACUGUGUAUGUUCUAUGUCCUUAUGGUCCCAUUUCUCGAAAUAAACUAUAUAUUCAUUUCCGUGGCGGUUUGAUUCGACAUCUGUUCUUUCGGACUGGUUGCAAGGGGUGAAAGAUAGUUCUUU